AUGUCGCAGGCACCCGAUCAUGCCCCAAUGGCCUACGAUUAUGGAUACACAGGCGCUCCUUUCCAAGGCGGCUCAUUGCGGUCCAAUGAUGUGCAGAACCAUCCGGACUUCGCACGGUGGACGCUAUCACAGCUAGAGCAUCAACCUACGCACCCGCUAUAUCUACUCCAGCGACGCUCACAACAGCGCCAGGAGCUGUUCGACACAUAUGGCUCGGGCAUGCUGUACAGCUUCAAUCACCCAUCUCCUACACAAAGGCCCUUCGGCUUUUCUCCGCAAUACUCUAACCGGCCGUCCACAGCAAAUGAUGGGCUGUCCAACCCAUUUUCCGUUCGACAGUAUUUCACCCCAGAGGAGUCCACCGCGAUGGGGGCACGGCGAAGAACUUCUCAGCCUUUCGCUGCCACCAUGUCCGAAUACCCAGUGGGUACCUUGGCGAGCAGACUGGAGCCAGCCAAACCUGAACCACCUCAAUACGGCCCAGAUUAUGCACCCCUUAAAGAGGCUUACACUCAGUAUCAGCAAGCACUACGCAGCACCUUUGACCAUACGCGCGAAGGGCGAUUGGUGGAGGCAAGCCGACCACUACUAGAACUUUCCGAAUGGCUUGUAACAAAUGCUCGGAAUCUUGGAAUCCUGUACGACGACCAUCUUACCUACCCUACCCGCCUGGAACUCUGGAAAGACUUCAAUAUCUGUUGGCUCGCGGUUUGUCAGAAACAGAAGGAGUUGAUUCAGGACUACAUUGCCACAGGCCGUCCGCCGACACAAGCAAGUCUCUUAGCCAAAGACCGUAUGGAGGCUAUGGGCAGAUACUUGAUCCAGCUUUGUGACCAGUUUGAGCAGCAUGGCCUGGUAGAUUAUCAGAUGGGGAUCUGGGAAAAGGAGAUUCUGUCAAUCCUAGGCCAAUGCCUCGAUCUCGUGGAAAAUAGACCCGAGCUGUAA